UUCCGUGCAGCGAGCAAAAAGAAAACGAUUGACAGCAAAACUACCGAAUGUAAUAAAAAAUAAUUAUUAUUACGAAGAGUGAAAGUAAAACUACGCUUACGUCUCGAUAAAGUUGAGUGAAUCUACGGAGGUGUGUGCAACGCGCUUUAUCACACUCCCUGUCACUCUUUCCGACCGGACCGAGUAUUGGUCUUCGGCUCAUCGAGGCUGGUGUUGUUGUGGCUGGAUUCAUUACAGUGGCCAGUGGAAAAAACUGUCAUCAAAGUGUAAUGAUAAUGUUAACAAUGUGGAAAAUUUUUAUUGCAUUCACAUUGGUGACGUUGCGCGCAACAUUUGUGGCAGCACGGUUGCAUUCGUCCAACAGUCUGAUGUUGCAUGCAGCCGGAGGAGGUGGUGGCAGCGGUGGCAUUGGUGGUUUGUCUGGCGGCUCGUUAACCAACAAAGAUGCGCAUGUGAAAACAAAAGACAUCGAUGCCGUGGAAGGCAAAUCCGUCUCACUGCCAUGUCCGAUCAGUGCACCGCUGAGUGACGUUUACAUGGUCUUAUGGUUCCGCGAUAAUGCUGGUAUACCAUUAUACAGCUUUGAUGUACGCGAUAAAGUGAGUAACGACCAACCGCGGCAUUGGUCAGCGCCGGAGGUGUUCGGUUCCCGUGCCAAAUUUCACUUCGAUUCAAAGCCGGCAACAUUGGAAAUUAAGGACAUCAAGCGACACGACCAAGGUGUUUACCGCUGCCGCAUCGACUUCCGUACGAGUCAAACGCAAAGCUUCCGCUUCAAUCUCACAGUAAUAAUACUUCCCGAACAGCCAAUCAUAUUGGAUCGCUGGGGGCGACAGCUGAAUGGCACGCUGCUUGGACCGAAGCAGGAAGGUGAUGAUAUUGUUAUCACGUGUCGUGUGGUGGGAGGUCGUCCUCAACCUCAAGUACGAUGGCUCGUAAAUGGACUACUUGUCGACAAUCAAUACGAACACAAUUCCGGCGAUGUUAUCGAGAAUAGGCUACUUUGGCCGUCGGUUCAACGGACUGAUUUAAAUUCCGUUUUUACUUGUCAAGCAUUGAAUACACAAUUAGAUAAGCCUAAGGAGAAAAGCUUUUUGCUUGAUAUGCAUUUGAAACCGCUGACGGUGAAAAUAAUUGAGCCACCCAAUUCGAUGGUGGCGGAUCGUCGUUACGAAGUCAUAUGUGAAUCAACCGGUUCACGUCCGAAUGCCAUCAUCACCUGGUACAAGGGAAAGCGGCAAUUGCGGCGUACAAAGGAUGACAUCUCGAAGAAUGUUACACGCUCGGAGCUUAGUUUUGUGCCCACCACAGAUGAUGAUGGGAAAUCAAUAACUUGCCGUGCGGAGAAUCCAAAUGUGAAUGGGCUGUAUUUGGAGACAAUGUGGAAGUUGAAUGUCGUAUAUCCGCCUUUGGUAACGCUGCGACUCGGCUCUACACUCACACCCGAUGAUAUUAAAGAAGGUGACGACGUGUAUUUUGAGUGUCACGUACAAUCCAAUCCUCAAUGGCGGAAACUCUUGUGGUUACAUAAUAACAUUCACCUGGAACACAACACUUCCGCCCGUGUCAUACGCUCCAAUCAGAGUUUGGUACUGCAGAAAAUCACCAAACACUAUGCAGGAAAUUAUGCUUGCAGCGCCAUCAACGACGAGGGUGAAACUGUCAGCAACCAACUACCGCUGCGUGUAAAAUACACACCUGUUUGCAAGCAUUUGGAUCGUGUCAUACUAAUUGGCGCCUCUAAGGAUGAAACUGUCGAAGUCACGUGUGAAAUACAAGCGGAUCCGCCCCCCAGAACAUUUCGUUGGAAGUUCAAUAAUUCGGGUGAAACAUUGGAUGUUGGCAGUGAACGUUUUAGCGUGAAUGACAGCAGAAGUGUACUCAAGUAUACACCGAUAUCUGAUCAGGAUUACGGUACUCUAUCCUGCUGGGCCUCCAAUGAAGUUGGUACACAAAAUCAACCUUGUCUUUUCCAAGUCGUGCUGGCUGCUCUACCCAAUGUCGUUUCGAAUUGCUCGAUUGUCAAUCGUACGGACGUCAGUGUCGAUAUUCAAUGCAUUCCCGGCUAUGAUGGUGGAUUACCACAGAUAUUCGUACUCGAAAUGUUCUCCACACGCACCGGACUAACCAGAUUUAAUUUGACAAAUGUUGAGGAACCGCAAUUUUCUCUGGAAAAUCUCGAUACACUGACAUCGAUGAUGACACAGGAAAACAACUCAUUGAAAUUGCGCAUUUAUGCUUACAAUCAGAAAGGCCGUAGUCCUUUGUAUCUGCUUUCGGAUUUCAUUAUUGGCUCGUCAGCAUACAAGACAGAUGAAGUAUCCAUUACGCUUUCGCCGGUGUUGGUUGGCAGUGGUCUUACCGUUGUCAUCAUUAGUUUGGCCAUCAUUGUGCGCAUAUUCAUUGUAACAUUUUUGCAUAAUUUGCGACGCAAUCAGCAGCACAGCAGUAAACCUAUAGCGACCGGUGUGGCAGCGCAGGCUGGUGAUGUGCUCAAGUGCGGUGGCAUGGAAAAACCGCGUUGGCAGCAUACGGACAUUAAAACUAAAUCAUCCGAAGAUCUAGUGGAAGAUGAACGAGAUCCGGAUGUUAUACCAUCGCAAUAUGUUACGGCUGGCAAUAGCAGUAGCGUCGGCGGUGGUGGCAGCAAUGGAGGAAGUGGCAACGGCAGUAGCAACAGCGGUGGUGGCGGUGGCGGCAGCGGAAGUGGCAAUGCUGGCAGUUCUGAGCUUCACUUCACACCAAUAGCAGCCACAAAGUGGUCACCAAAUUCCAAACAUCUUCCUACAACCGCAUAUGACAACAUCACGCAGCUCGUCGCUGCUAAUCAAAUCACUGCACGUACAACACAUCCACUCUCGGGCACAACUGCAGAUCCCAAUGGCAGCAGCAGCAGUAGUGUCCUAGUCAAUGCAGUGGACACUGGCUUACUGCAUCACCAGCAACAACAACAGCAGCUACUGAACACAAAAGCAGCAGGAGCAGGCGCUGGAGCUGGUGCAGCAACGGUUGUCACUGCGACCCAUUCAGCGAAUGGCCUAAAUGAGGCACUAAUCGGUUCACCCACCGCCGCAUACAAUGCCACCCACCACCAGCAACAGCAGCAGUUACAUGGCCCUGGCGGUGGCGGCACGCUACCACCCGGUUUGGGGAGCGGCAGCGGUUACUUACUCAGCAGUCUCAUCAAUAGUAAUGAGAGUUGCAAUAGCAACGGCAGCAUCAGUGGCAGCAAUGGUGGACUGCAUCAUAAUGUAGUUGGCGGCACUAUAGGUCGUGCAACAAUGCUGCAUCACCACCAACAGCAACAACAACAACAGCAACAGUCACACCAUCCGCUACCAGUGCCACAUCCACUUGCAUACAACACGCUGGCCGGCACAACGGGUGUGAAUGCCAGUGGACGCCACCAUCACAGCGGAGCAUUGCCAUCGAUGUUGCUCACCUCGCAGACUUCGGCGUCGUUGAGUGGCAUCGGGCUGCUACUGAACGCCAGCAAUAAUAAUAGCAGUAGUAGUGGUGGCGCCAGCGGUCUAGGACUGAGUAUGACGGGCGCGGUAUCGGCAUCGGCGGCCUCAACAGCAACGACGUCCUGCAAUUCGUCCAGCGACUUGGAUGACAACAUAAAUAUAAAUGCCAUCAAGGAUUGCUUAAUGACACAGCGUGUGCCCGAAAGCUGCGUCUGAGCUGGCAAUUUAUGCAGUGCGCCGUCAAAGGCACCAGCCAAGUGCUACAAGUACUAUGAGGCGCAGAGUGUUGUCAAAGUUGUACGGACAGUCGUCGCAAAGUGGUAUAUAUGUGUAUAAAUGUGUGCGGCGCUCAAGUGGUUGGUUGGUAUGUAUUGAGAAAAGAAAAAUCGAAAAUGUACGAAAUGUGUAGUGAAGUAGCUGACAAAGUAAAAGUGCAUGAAAAUUUGUAAUGAAAUAAGUAAGGUAUGUAUAGCCCUAAGUCCAUACCAAUAUAUAUAAAUA